AUGUUGAACAAUAGGCCGCAGGGAAAUUUACCCGGUAAUACUGUUGUGAACCCUAAGGAGCAGUGCCAAGCCAUUACUUUGAGAAGUGGGAAGCAAGUUGACCAGUCUGUAUCACAAUCUUCAACUGAAAAGAGUGAAGAAGUGGGAGAGACGUCUAAUUCAAAGAAAAAGGGGGUUACUGAAGAUCAUCAUGUUACAGAGAGGGCUCCACCAGUUGCUAUUGCUGAUCCUAAAGUCAGAAUUCCCUAUCCUCAAAGACUUCAGAAAAAUUCUCUUGAUAAACAAUUUUCCAAGUUUUUAGAGGUCUUCAUGAAGUUGCACAUCAACAUUCCAUUCGCUGAAGCUUUAGAACAGAUGCCCAGUUAUGUGAAAUUCAAGAAGGAGAUUUUGUCAAAGAAGAGAAAAAUGGAGGACUAUGAAAUUGUGGUGCUAAUAGAGGAGCGCAGUGCAAUUUUGCAAAGAAGGCUUCCUCAAAAGCUCAGGGAUCCAGGAAGCUGUUUUGAGAAGAAUGGGAGCACUGAUGCUCUUGAGGUGGUGUUGAAACAGUAUGAAGAAGAAGACAGUGAUGAUGCUGAGGUCAUGGAUUAUGUGAAGUGGGUAAAUUCUUACGGGCCUUACUAUAGAAAGAAAUAUGAGGAAUUGGGGAAAGUGCUUGAACGACCAAUACUGUCUAUAGAAAAUCCACCAGAGUUGGAAUUGAAAACUUUACCAGAUCAUCUUCGCUAUGCCUACUUGGGGGAGAAGGAGACUCUACCAGUGAUUGUGUCUUCUUUUCUGUCUAAUGAGGAAGUGGAAAAAUUGUUGAGAGUCUUAAGGGCUCACAAGUUGGCUAUUGGGUGGACAUUGGAGGAUAUGAGAGGAAUAAGUCUGUUAGCAGUGAUGCAUAAAAUCCGGAUGGAAGAUAAUAGCAAGCCAUCCAUUGAAGCUCAGAGAAGAUUGAACCCAACUAUGAAAGAGGUGGUGAGGAAAGAAAUUCUUAAAUGGCUAGAUGCUGGUGUGGUUUACCCUAUUUUUGAUAGUGCAUGGGUGAGCCCAUUUCAAGUGGUGCCAAAGAAAGGAGGAAUGACUAUGGUGAAGAAUGAAAAGAAUGAGCUCAUCCCAACUAGAACUAUUGCUAUUGCAUCAAAAGAUCAAGAGAAGACAACUUUUACUUGUCCUAAUGACACUUUUGCUUUCCCGAGAAUUCCAUUUGGGCUUUGCAAUGCCCCUGCUACAUUCCAACGAUGUAUGAUGGCAAUAUUUUCUCACAUGGUUGAGAAGAGUAUGGAGAUCUUCAUGGAUGAUUUUUCAAUAUUUGGGUCGUCAUUUGAUGAAUGCUUGAAUCAUUUGGAAGCAGUGUCGCAGUGUUGUGAGGAGUCUAAUAUGGUAUUGAGUUAG